UGCUUGCAUUUAAUUUGCAGGUUCACAGGCUGUUGUUAGCUAUAUUCUGGAAAAAGAGUUGCCAUCAAUGUCAUUUUCAUUAGUGGCUGAAGAGGAUUCAGAAGACCUCCGCAAAGAAGAAGCCCAGGGUACACUAAAGCGCAUAACAGAGCUUGUGAAUGAAACCCUUGCUAGUGAUGGAAUGGCAGAUAUGAUGCCUUUGUCUGAGGAAGAUGUACUUGUUGCCAUCGACAGUGGAAAAUCUGAAGGCGGUCCUCAUGGUCAGCACUGGGUUUUGGAUCCUAUUGAUGGCACCAAAGGGUGAGUUCGUAGAUUGAACUAAAUUU